AUCCAAACACAAAAAACUUUUGGUCUUUCUGGCAAAAGAUUUGGAUUGUUUGGAUUCAUUUCCAACAAUCCAAAUCUUUUGAUCUUUCUUAGUAACAAUUCAUCAAAAAUAAUGGCAGCAACACAAACCAUGAUUUUUGCCCUUGAUGACACUGACCACAGCUUCUACGCCUUAGAAUGGACACUUGAUCAUUUUUUUGGUCAAUUCGAUUCUCUUUUUAAGCUCAUCAUUGUUCACGUUAAAAUCACUCCAACUUCCGUUGUAGGUCUAGCUGGACCAGGAACAAGUGACGUGCUCGCAGUGGUGGAAAAUGAUAUUAAAAAGACAGCUCAAAGAGUAUGCGAGAAGUCAAAACAAUUAUGCGAAGCUAAAGGGGUGAUGAGUGGUGUAGAAUUUGAUGUUGUUGAAGGAGAUGCUAGAAAUGUGUUGUGUGAUGUUGUUGACAAGCAUCACGCCUCUGUUUUGGUCAUGGGAAGCCAUGGUUACGGAGCUUUCAAAAGGGCUGUUUUGGGUAGCGUAAGUGACUAUUGCUCCCAUCAUGCUCGUUGCUCCGUGAUGAUUGUGAAGAAGCCAAAGGCAAAGAAAUGAAAAUUUUGAUUAAUAAACUAAAGGAAAUUUUGGAGGGAGAUUAAUUAGACCAAAUCAGAGAAAGGGACAUAUAUCCAAUUCUCUAUAGCUAUAUACUAUAAAUUUGUAAUCAAUAGAAUAUGUAGCUAGCAAGUAAUUGAAAAAAAAAAUUAAUCAUAUCUUACUAGCUUCAUGAAAUUAGUCAUUAGCAAUUUAUAGGCAUACCCUCUUUUUAUUUUAAUUUCUCCCUGUUUUUCUUUACUUACACCACAUGCAGGGUGUUUUUUGUUGUUCCUUUUUGCAAUUUUGACUCAAUGGAAAUGAAAUUCUCCAUUCAAAUUGAUAUGGAUUGAUUGA